AUGGCACGGAUGCAGGCGGGGAAGGCCGAGCCGAGGGCCGGCGCGGGCCGCUGGGGGGCGGGCGCCGCGGAGAGCCGGCGGCGGGGCGCGGGCCGGGCCCGGCGGCGGCUGCGCUCGGACCCGCCGGGGACCGGGGAGCCGGGGAGCCGGGGCCGCGCCGCAACUUGGCGAGCGCGCGCGGGGCGGGCGGGGAGCGCGGGCGCGGGCCCCGGCGGGCGGCGUCUCGCCCGCUCGCACCUGCACCAUUACUACUAUUACUACCACCACUACAACCACCACCACUACUACCACUAUGGUUACUACCACCAUUACUACUAUUACUACCAUCACUACAACCACCACCACUACUACCACUAUGGUUACUACUACUAUUACUACCACCGCUACUACAACCACCACCACUACUACAACUACCAUCACUGCUACCACUAUGGUUACUACCACCAUUACUACUAUUACUACCACCACUGCUAUUGCUGA